CCGAGUCAAAUGUACCAUCCGACUCGCUAUAAUAAACUUGGUAGAGGAGUGAAGAGAGGCUGCAGUUCUCUCCUAUUAGGGCUUUCCCUCUCUCUCUCUCAACCCCCAAUAGCCGCAUAGACAUCUUCAAUGGCAGUUAUCAAAUCCUAACCAGGAGCUGCACAAACCCUAAUUCUCGCAGCAAUUUAAACGAGGUAUUUUAUUCUUUUAGGUAAAAUAGAUGAAAUAGAGAUAGAAAUUGGUUGCGAUUGGAUUCAAAUUUGGGGUCCGAUCAGAUUUAAGCUUUAUAUCCGUCAAAUGGAGCCUCCGGUGGCGAGAUCGAGGGGUCGGCCCAGGAAACGGCGAAAAGAGGACGAAAACAACGCUCUGGGUCCCGACACCAAGAAGCGGGCCGUGGAGACGAGAUCGGUGGUUCUGGUGGGACGGUACGUGCUGAAGGAAUUCGACGGCAGUGGGAUUUUUCUCGGGAAAGUUGUACAUUACGACCAGGGGUUGUAUAGGGUCAAUUACGAGGACGGUGAUAGUGAGGACUUGGAGAGCGGCGAGGUUCGAGGGUUUAUGCUGGGCGAUAAUGAUUUCGACGAAGAUUUGGGUAGAAGGAAGGAUAAAUUGGAUGAAUUAGUAUUGAAAAUUAGGGCAAACAAUAACAGCGCAUCUGAGAAGAAAGCGUUGGGCUCGAUAAAUAGAGGGGAUAAGGUUGAAACAUCUACAUUGAGUGAGGUAGAAAAUAAUGGGGGAGAGGUUGAAGGCGAUGCUGAUUCAUCGAGUGAUUCGGGUGAGUAUGUGAGGGAUAGGGAUUUGGGGUUCGAUGAAGAGACUGCGCCUAUCCCACCACCUGAGCUACCACCUUCUUCGGGAACCAUAGGUGUGCCGGAGCAGUAUGUUUCAAAUCUUUUCUCUGUUUAUGGUUUCUUGCGGUCCUUUAGUAUCCCUCUGUUUUUGAGCCCGUUUACUUUAGAUGAUUUCGUGGGAUCACUUAAUUGUCGUGUUGCAAACACGUUGUUGGAUGCCAUUCAUGUCACAUUGAUGCGUGCGAUGAGGCGUCAUCUGGAAACGCUGUCAUUGGAUGGCUUGGUGCUUGCCUCAAAUUGCUUGAGAAGCAUUGACUGGGGCUUGCUUGAUUCAUUGACUUGGCCUGUUUACUUGGUCAACUAUUUGACAGUUAUGGGAUACACAAAGGGACCUCAGUGGAAAGGAUUUUAUGAUGAGGUUUUGGUCAGGGAGUAUUAUUCCUUACCUGCAGGUAGGAAGUUAAUGGUUUUGCAAAUCCUAUGUGAUGAUGUCUUAGAGUCUACCGAGAUAAGAGUUGAGAUUGACAUGCGUGAAGAAUCAGAAGUUGGAUUAGAUUGUGAUACAGAAGCAACCAAUCCUCCUGAAAACGGGCCUAGAAGAGUCCACCCUAGAUAUUCCAAAACUUCUGCUUGCAAGGGCAGGGAAGCUAUGGAGAUUAUUGCAGAAACCCACCAGAUAAAGUCACUUGGUAACCCAAAUUUUUUGGGUUUCAAAGGUACUAAACAGGAUUUGGAUGCUGCUGAUGUUGAUGUGGAUCGAAAUGGUGAUGAGUGCCGGCUUUGUGGCAUGGACGGGACCUUGCUUUGCUGUGAUGGGUGCCCAUCAGCAUACCAUUCAAGGUGUAUUGGCGUGAUGAAAAUGUUUAUACCGGAAGGGCCAUGGUACUGUCCAGAGUGCACUACUAAUAAGAUUGGGCCAACUAUUGCAAUGGGAACAUCACUUAAAGGUGCAGAAAUAUUCGGCAUAGAUUCAUAUGAGCAGAUCUUCUUGGGUACUUGCAACCACUUACUGGUGCUUAAGGCUUCUAUAGACAGAGAACCGUGUUUCAGAUACUACAAUCAGAAUGACAUUAUGAAAGUCCUGCAAGUUCUUUGUUCAUCUGUGCAACAUAGAGCUUUAUACUUGGGGUUUUGUAAGGCAAUUUUACAAUAUUGGUCCAUCCCAGAAAGAGUCUUAUCUCUUCCAGUGAUGAAUGAAACACGUAUAAACUUAGCAAGCAUAAAGAAUUAUGCCAACUUUCCUACUCUAUCAUUGCCACCUGGCAAGGAAGACCAAAAAGUACUUGAUACGCUUGAGAAUGAAAACUAUUUGUAUAAUGAAAAUCAAAGCGGUGUAGAUUAUGUGGCAGUAUCAUGUCUGCAGACCUCCUUGGAUAGGACUACUCAGACUGACCUUCCUGGGUCUUGUAGCAGUAGUGGCACAAGACGACGAGAAUGCGCACUUACGGAUAUGAAGCUAACUGAGAGGAUUAAAAUGGACUCUACCAUUUCUAAUGGUUCAGUUAGCCAGCAAGCUCAUCCGUCUCACUUGAGACACCAAAUUUUGGUUGACAGAUCAGGUGCAGUGGACCUUACUACAUGCACCUCCAGAAACAGCAAUGACAGUUAUAGUGGGCAUAUGAAUGGUAUUUGUUUUCCUGUGAAUUUGGCCUCUCAAAGCAAAGAAGGUAAUCGAGCAGGUUCUGGAAAGGGUGACAGAGAUUCAGUUGAUGAUUUUUUAUACUUGGGUUCUUUUUAUAAACCUCUUGCUUACAUAAAUAACUAUAUGCAUGGAGAGUUUGCUGCAUCUGCUGCUGCUAGACUGGCUGGUCUUUCAUCAGAGGAAACUCAGGUUUCAGACGCACAUACUUCAGAAAAUUUGAGGAAAGUUGCAUCUUCCAACAAUCUUUUGCAAGCAAAAGCCUUCUCAUUAACAGCCUCCCGUUUCUUCUGGCCAAGUUCUGAAAAGAAGCUUGUGGAGGUCCCAAGGGAAAGGUGUGGUUGGUGUCUUUCUUGUAAGGCCCCUGUUUCAAGCAAGAGGGGAUGCAUGUUAAACCACGCUUGCCUGUGUGCCACCAAAGGUGCUAUGAAGAUCCUUGCUAGCCUUCGUCCCAUUAAGAGUGGAGAAGGGAGUCUUGUUUGCAUUGCAACAUACAUUUUGUAUAUGGAGGAGAGUUUACAUGGUCUGAUGGUUGGCCCCUUUCGGAGUGCGAGUUACAGAAAGCAAUGGCGUAAACGAGUUGAACUGGCUUCAACUUUCUGUGCAAUAAAAGCUCUUUUACUUGAACUUGAGGAACACAUCAAUAUAAUUGCUCUUUCUGGGGAUUGGGUUAAGCUGGUGGAUGGCUUGUUAGUUGAAUCUUCUGUGAUUCAAAGUGCUACAUCCACUGUCGGAACAACACAGAAACGUGGAUUUAGUGGAAGGCGAAAUAGGAAACAGUCUGCUGCAUCUGAAGUGACUGCUGAUGGUUGCCAUGACCAGGGUUUCUACUGGUGGCAAGGUGGGAAGCUAUCGAAGCUUAUAUUCCAGAGAGCAAUUUUGCCCCGCUCGGUGGUCAAAAAAGCAGCUCGCCAAAGUGGCUGGAGAAAGAUUUCUGGGAUUGAUUAUGCUGAUAGUUCUGAGAUCCCUAAAAGAAGCAGGCAGUUAGUUUGGAGAGCUGCAGUUGAAAUGAGUAAGAAUGCAUCACAGCUUGCGCUUCAGGUCAGAUACUUAGACUUUCGAUUGAGAUGGAGUGAUCUUCUUCGUCCUGACCAGAACCUUCAGGAUGCAAAAGUUCUAGAUUCAGAAGCUUCUGCUUUUAGAAAUGCUGUCAUUUGUGAUAAAAGGAUUGUUGAAAACAAGAUUAGAUAUGCAGUUGCUUUUGGGAACCAAAAGCACUUUCCUUCACGUGUCACGAAGAAUACCAUUGAAAUAGAGCGAAGUCAAGACGGAAAUGACAAGUAUUGGUUUUCUGAAUCUCGCAUUCCUUUGUAUUUGAUCAAAGAGUAUGAAGAAAAUGUUGACAAAGUACUCUUGGCAUCUGUUGAGGAGCCCUCGAAUGUUUCAUUCAAGUUACAAAGAAGAAGGUUGAGAGCUUCCCAUAGAGAUAUAUUUUUCUAUCUUACUUGCAAGAGAGACAAAUUGGACGUGUGCUCUUGUUCCUCAUGUCAGCUGGAUGUUUUAAUUGGGAAUGCCGUCAAGUGCAGUGCAUGCCAAGGUUAUUGUCAUGAAGGCUGCUCCAUACUUUCAACAAUUUCCAUGAAUGAGGAUGUUGAGUUCUUGAUUACGUGCAAGCACUGUAACCGUGCACAUGCUCUUGCUCAAAAUGAAAGCAGUAAAGAAUCUCCGACCAGUACUUUGGCAUUGCAUGGGCGAGAAUGUCAUAACCUACUGACUGUCCCUAAGGGUGGAAGGCCUCCGUGUAAUAAUCAGCCAUUAGCAUCUGUCAGAACUCAUGAUACUCGUUCUGAGUUGAAACAAGCUAGUUCGGAUUCUAGUUUGGCGAGUAAAAGCCGUCACAGGCUGUGUUCUUGGGGUGUUAUAUGGAAGAAGAAGAAGAAGAACAGUGAAGACACUGUCAAGUCUGGCAAGUCUGUCAAGUCUGGCAUUGAUUUCCGGCUUAAAAACAUUCUUUUGAAGGGCAGUUUUGAUAUCCAUCGGUUGGAACCUGUUUGUCACUUGUGCCAUAAGCCAUAUAGUUCUGAUCUUAUGUAUAUUUGCUGUGAAGCUUGCAACAAAUGGUAUCAUGCUGAAGCUGUUGAACUUGAAGAGUCAAAAAUUUUUGAUGUAGUGGGCUUCAAGUGUUGCCGGUGUCGUAGAAUAAAGUCACCAGUGUGUCCUUACACGGACCUUAAAGACAAGCUGCCUGAGGGUAGGAGGACACGUACAAAGGAUAUAAAGCAAGGACAUAUACCGGUGGACUCUGACUUUGGAAUAAUUUCUGAAUUUAGAGAGUGGGAACCUGCCACAGUGUUUCACAUGGAGGAAGUUUCUAAUCAAGAAUCUAAAGAGAGUGAACCUGCGACUCCAGUGUUUUCCAUGGGGCAAGUUUUGAAACUAGAAUCUGUAGAUUGUGAAUCUGGUACUCUGUUUCCCAUGGAGGAAGUGUCAAAACAAGAAAAUGAUCCUCUUCUUUUCCCUCUUACCAAAGUUGAGCUACUUACUGAGCAUAAUUCUGAACUGGAUAUUGAACAGAAUACUGCUUCUGGACCAUGGCCGCAGAAACUUCCAGUCAGAAGACAUGUGAAGCGCGAAGGGGAUGUAGAUGGUGUAGCUGAAAGCAAUCUUUUUCAUGCUGAAUUAUCAACACACCUUGAAACAAACAACUUCCUGGAACCUACAGAGAAAGCAUCACCUCCUCAGGCGGAGUGGGAUGUUCAAAGUGAGAUGAUGUUAGACUAUGAAGGUUUUAAUUAUGAAGAUAUGGAAUUUGAACCCCAGACUUACUUCACUGUUACUGAGUUGCUGGCAUCUGAUGAUGUUGGUUCAUUCGGUGGGGUUGAUGAUCCAUCUGGGGAUUGGUCAAGAUGCAUGGAAAAUCCAUCUUCUACAAUUUCGCAGGAUGAAGUCCCCGAACCGUACAAAGUAUUGGAUACUUCUAAUGACCAACUAGAACCUGCAAAUUCUGUAAAGCCUUGUGUUAAUAUGAUACACUGUCAGAGGUGUUCACAGACAGAACCAGCCCCAGAUCUUUCUUGCUAUAUUUGUGGGUUGCAGAUACACAGAAACUGUUCACCUUGGGAUGAGUCAUCAUUUGGGGCAGAGAGUUGGAGUUGUGGUGAUUGCCGUGAGUGGCGGUAGCUGAUCUAGUUGGCCUCUUGAGGUUUUGGAUAUUUAUCUCCUCGUAGUGACUUUCCAAGGGAGAUCUUUUAGGUGAGAUAGUCGCAUACCGAACCACGUUUGACAAUUCAUUGAUGGGAAAGAUCAUUAUCGGAAAGUUCAUUCUCCUUGCUGUUGAAGUUAGGAGAAAAUCUUGUAAAUGCUAUGGUUGAUGUUUCAAAGGCCAACUAGUUUCUACUACUGCCUGGGGUUUUGAUGAGAUGGUUGCUGCUUCCCGACGAAAGUGCCCUUUUUUCUGACGGAUUCAGUUUUCUCGUUGGGAAGUUUGGAAGAAUGGCUUUUUGAAUGUAGAUUGGUGGGUUUGAUUGAUGCUAGGAGGUCGCCAUAUUAUCAUACAAAAUGGAUAAUUUUCAACCUAAUCAAAUAUAGGAAAUAUGCCGUGAAUUAACAAGCCACAGAUAUUUACACUGAUCUUGGAAGAUAGGCAGGCGUUUUUUGUGCUUGUCUCAUUGAAUUGCUUGUAUAAAGAGUAUAGUUCUAUCAAUUUUUGCAAUCAAUCGGAGUCGACAGUCUUUACCAUACCAUUGAAGAGAAUACUUUGGUUCAAUUUGAAAGCAACCAACUUCUGGCAAUAGGCCUUCAGUCUUAUUCGUUGUAAAAUAGCAUAUUUUUAGGGCAGCGUGGUUUGUCAAGUUAUUAUUACAAGUGAACCACGAGGGCUACUAAAUCUAGUUGGAUGAGCAUUGAGCAAGGGUGGGAAGGAAAUGAAAUCUUCUUAUUCGUUGAUAUUAUUUUGCAGUCCGUGUUGUAAAGAAAGCGGGAAAAUUUUAGAACUCCAUUACAGAUACUGUUGUAUUUGGACUGAUUAUCCUCUUCCUCUA